ACAAUUAUAUCGUAUUUAAAUGUAUAGCAAUAGUUAAAAUACACAGUUUCAGACAUUGUAAAAUCAAUGACAUUAUAGCAAAAUUAUGAAUUUUUUUCUGCUUUACACGUAUUACAUGAAGUUAAAAAUAACACUAUAAAGUUCUAGACUGUUCUUUUUUCAGAAUAUUUAGGCAAGUUAUCACAAAAUGGCUUUUUAUUACCUUGCGACGGAGUUUACGUCAUCACAGAUAUGACUAGUGUGAAGAAAUAAAGUGAUAAUGGAAAAUAAAAGGGACAGCUUUUUUCUUAAAAACAAGAAACAAAAACCUAACAAGGGCCAGGAGAAAAAAGAAUUUAAAAGUAAAAAUGAGCGACAGAAAAACUUUGAUGACAACCGUCAUGGCCUUGAUGAAACCGAAAAGGAAACUGGGAAAAAACCAUUUGAUAAAAAAACAUAUAGGCUCAAGAAAUACAGUAAAAAAUAUAAAUUAGAAAAAUGGGAAGAACAACGCAAGAUGAAAAUGCUUCAUGAAUAUCAGAAAAGCAUCAAAGAUGACCCAAUGGUUGGAUCAUAUAAAACAAAACCUUUUGAUGAAGAUACAACUGACGCCAAUCCUACUGUGGGUAGAUUUGUCAAACAUCCAGAUCUACUAGAGAAAGGGUCAUCGGUCACUAGAAAUAAAGAUCCAUAUACAAAAGCCAAGGAGCGCUUUAAUAAAAUAAAACAAGAAAAAAUUGAAAAGCAACAAGCUGUGCAAAAGGCUAAUCAAGAAAGAUUCCAGAAGUUGCAAGAGUAUAAAAAAAAGAAGAAUGAAAGAUUCAAGAAAUUGAGUAAGAAAACAAAGAAAGGGCAGCCCGUUAUGACUGGGAGACUGGAAUUGUUGUUGGAAAAGAUACAAAGUUCUAAGUAAAUAAAGCAGUUUUACAAAUAA